AUGUCGACCGCAGCAAAGGCAGGCGAGACCGCCGUCAUUCUGGGAGCCUCAGGAGCGGUAGGCAAGCAUCUCCUCUCGGAACUCCUCUCCUCUUCCUCCCCUUACAAGACCGUCUACUCGUUCGCACGACGAGCCCAUCCUUCGCCACCACCCACCUCGAUCCAGUUCCGCGAGGUGCUGGUGGACUUUGACAAGGUGUACAACGGCGAUUCCACUGAAACUGCCAAGCUGUCAUCGAUCGAUGCGGCGAGUGCGGUGUACAUCACGAUGGGUACGACGCGCGCCGCUGCUGGGGGAAUGGAGGCGUUCGAACGCAUCGAUCGAGGAUACGUGUUGGCGGCGGCAAAGGCUCUCGCUGGGAAGGCGGAGAGUGUGGUGUACUGCUCCUCCGGCGGUUCCAGCUCCAGCAGCCUAUUCCCGUAUUUGAAGAGCAAAGGGUUGACAGAAGAAGGUCUCGCACAGCUGUACGGCAAAACGGUCAUCAUGAGACCCGGUUACCUCGCCAACGCGGAAAGACCGGGCACUAGGAUUCUGGAAAAGACGUUCGAACCCAUCAUGGGCCUGAUGAGCAAGUUCAGCACCAGCGUCCAGGCCGACGUUCGUGAUGUCGCGAAGGCUAUGCUCAAGGCGGGGAUGGAGGGACCAACGGCGUUGAAGGAGAGGGGUUUGGCGAGCGAUGCAGGUGCAAAGUAUGGGGAUGGGCAAGCGGUCGUGCUGGGGAACGCGGCGAUUGUUAAGAUUGCUAAGGAGUAG